AUGUAUCCACAAAAUGAUGCUCUUCGCGGACCAUUCUCCCGUUCUCAUCCCAACUCCUAUUCAAAUUUAUUACGAAGAUAUAGAACAUUACCACCGUAUCAAAUCGAUCCCGUUCAGAAGGUUAGUUUAGUUUUGUGAAUUGAAAAAAUGGUAGUAUUAGAUUGUUUUUCAGGCAUUAAAUGAAUUUCGAUUGAAGUUAUGCAAAAGUAUAAAAAAUGAAAUAUGGAGAAAUCCUGAAAUUCCAUAUAUGCGAAAAAUGGAAGCAACUUUAUCUCUUUGGGAUUUGGCAAAACAACUGAAACGAGUUGAUAAUACUCAUCAAUUUAUUAAAACUGCUAGAGCUCUACAUUCUUCAAUUAUGUUCUGGGACCGUAUGCAACAAGGAUAUCAACGAAAUGUGGAAUAUGUACAAGUAACUAGAGAAAUAAAUCCAGAUGAUAGUUUGAAAUAUUUUCUGGAUUUCAAAAAUUUGAUUGCUGAAAGUUAUAGAGUUUUUUGA